UUGGGAGGGGCUCAAACAGCUCUGCUGGAUACGUGGUGGCAUGGAGCGCUCCCCCCUCAAGGAAAAGGGCAAUAAAGCUCGUUCCCGUUCUCCGGGGUAAAGGGCCAGCCUCUGGUGCGUCCUUAUAGGUGUGCACAGGGCGCACAACGCAAAACUACUGGCGCCAAGCCGCCCACCCACAGCAAAGAUGGCCGCGUCUCCCGGAAGUCACACCGCCCUCAAACAAAAUGGCUGCCCGGUGCCAUAGAGAGCAGAGAGGGGGCGGGCCAGAGCGCCCCGCAGAGGCUGGCGGUGGCGGCGGCCGCCAUUUUGAUCGGAGGCGGAGAGCGGGGCGGCGGCGGCGGCGGCGGGCAGGGGCUGCUGAGCUGUCAUGGGAAACACCACCAGCGAGCGAGUGUCUGGCGAGCGCCAUGGCUCCAAGUCCCACCGCUCCGAUGGCUCUGGCGCCGCCCAUCCCGCAAAGGAGCACCCGCACAAGAUCAUGGUGGGCAGCACAGAUGACCCCAGUGUUUUCAGCUCACACGACUCCAAGAUUCCUGGGGACAAGGAGUUUGUUUCAUGGCAGCCAGACCUGGAGGAGUCAGUGAAGCCAUCCCAGCAGGCUCGCCCCACUGUCAUCCGCUGGGCUGAUGGGGGCAAAGAGGUCUUCAUAUCUGGAUCUUUCAACAACUGGAGCACCAAGAUCCCGCUCAUCAAGAGCCACAAUGACUUUGUUGCUAUCCUGGACCUCCCAGAAGGAGAGCACCAGUACAAAUUUUUUGUGGAUGGCCAGUGGGUCCAUGACCCAUCCGAGCCCGUGGUGACCAGCCAGAUGGGGACGAUUAACAAUCUGAUUCAUGUUAAGAAGUCCGACUUCGAGGUGUUCGACGCUUUAAAAGUGGAUUCCCUGGAGAGCUCAGAACCCUCAGGUCGGGACUUAUCAAGUUCACCACCCGGACCUUACGGCCAAGAGAUGUAUGUGUACCGGCCUGAGGAGCGCUUCAAAUCCCCUCCCAUCCUCCCGCCUCACCUCCUCCAGGUCAUCCUCAACAAGGACACCAAUAUCUCGUGUGACCCGGCCCUACUGCCCGAACCCAAUCACGUCAUGCUCAAUCACCUCUACGCGCUGUCCAUCAAGGACGGCGUGAUGGUGCUCAGUGCCACACACCGCUACAAGAAGAAGUACGUCACCACGCUGCUGUACAAACCCAUCUGAGUCGGAGCCUUGCCCACCCCCCCAACGCAGGACACGAAAUGCCACUUUAUCUGCACAUGCUGGGCCACUGAACUGUGUGAGGACUGGCUGCUGGAUCCAGCCUCCAACCUGGGGGGCCGCAGCCCCCAGUGAUGAGCCCAGGCCUGCUGGGGCCAUCCUGCUGUCCCAUCCUACUGGUGUGGUUUGAUUUAACCCCUUGGUUUCUGCCCACCUGCAGCUCCCCUUGGCUUCAGUGAGUCCCUGGGGCUGCUUUGCUGCUCACAGACCAGCCUUUCCUUGCUCCUGACAUGGAAAAGGCUUCACUACCCCUCUGCUCUACACUGUGAUGGCCCUGAGGCUGUCCUGGCAGUGUCCCCAGGGCAGCAGCAAAGUGUCCUCCUGCUGCCCUGAUGAUGAGCCUCCAAGGCCACACUGGUCUCUGGGAGCUUGGGGAACUUCAGCCUGCCACUGUCCCCCUGUCCCUCAGCCCUGGCUGCAGAGCUGCCCUGCUCCUUGUGCUCCCCAGCUUUGAGGAGAGUUCUUGGCCACAGCUCUCCACCGCGAUCAGUGCUGAGCCAGCAGAAGGGAGGGCACAGCUGGACGCACCAUGCUUACCUGCUACCAAGACAGCACCAUCAAGGACUGAACACCUGCCCUGUCACCACCAUUGGGUGCUUCUGUCAGGUCUGGGGAGACUGGAGCAAGGCAGAUACCCCAGGACCCCAGCUACACCGUCUGCUGUUGUAGCAGUGCCACGUGACAGGGUUUUCUCUAUUUAUUACAGUAUUUAUUGUUCUCUCUA